UCAGCGAAAAAAUUUAUGCCUAUUUAGUGACUCUUCCAGUCAAGUCCUGCAAAAUAAAGACGCUUUCAUAGGUCUCUUCCUGUGAGUUGCGGGUACAGUCGAUGAGUAUUUUAGAAUGGGAAGCGGUAGGAAACCUGCGUAAAAUUGCCGACGGACCGGACACCCCGACAAAUAAGAAUAAAUCCGUUGGGGAAACAUCAUUCGACAUUUCACCUUACCCUUCGUUACCCUUUCAUCCUCUUUCUCUCUCUUCCAACUCUCUCCCUCUCUCCACGGUCACUGGUCACUGGUUAAUACGAUGGCAAUUCAAAAAGAACCUGGACAAAAGGGGGUCAACUGGUCCAAUAUUGCUGUCGGUGCUAUAAUGAAUAUGUUCGAGGUUACUACUCUUGGACAACCGCUGGAGGUCCUCAAGACGCAGAUGGCUGCUAAUCGGUCUCAGUCAAUGUGGCAGGCUUGCAAAACUGUCUGGUCUCGAGGAGGCGUCGUUGGAUUUUAUCAGGGCUUGAUUCCAUGGGCUUGGAUCGAGGCAUCCACGAAAGGCGGUGUUCUGAUGUUCACGGCUUCAGAAGUCGAAACUGCUUCUCUUGGAAUGGGUGUCAAUCCUGCAUUUGCUGGGCUGUUAGGUGGAAUGACUGGAGGCGUCGCACAGGCUUACGCCACAAUGGGCUUCACGACAUGUAUGAAAACGGCUGAAAUUACACGUCACAAAACCGCUGCCGCUGGCGUCAAGCCGCCUUCAACUUGGGCUCUCUUCGCUGAGAUUUACCGUAAGGAAGGUCUUGCAGGUGUGAACAAGGGUGUCAAUGCGGUUGCAGUCCGUCAAUGUACCAAUUGGGGUUCUCGAAUGGGUUUCGCUCGUCUGGCCGAGUCAAGUAUCCGGAGCAUUCGUGGAAAAACAAAGGAUGAAAAACUGGGUGCAAUGGACAAAAUAUUGGCUUCGUCGAUCGGUGGUGCUUUGGCAACUUGGAAUCAGCCCAUUGAGGUAAUCCGGGUUGAGAUGCAAUCUAUGGCUAAAAAUGCUGCUGCCAGUGUCAAUCGACCUGCUAAGCUCACAAUCUGGUCCACUUUCACGUAUAUCUACAAAGAGAACGGGAUCAAAGGUUUGUAUAGAGGAGUGACCCCUCGGAUUGGACUGGGCAUUUGGCAAACUGUUUGCAUGGUUUCCCUAGCAGACUACGUCAAGGCUUGGGUUAAGAGUCAAUAGUAGAUUCACAGGCUGACCUGAUCUAAACGCAUUUCUAAAUCUUACGUAGAGUUGUAUCUUAUUCCUUGCUGCUAUCGAGCUCGAGUAGGUUCGAGUGUGGUUUAAUUAUAUUACUGGAUAUUUACGGUCAUAAGCUUACUCGGGCCCGGGUAAGAGACUGCCCGACUGCGA